AUGGCGGACUACAGCCUCUACCUGGUGACCGACUCCACACCCGCGAUCCUUGGCGACAAGGACAUCAGUGACGUCGUCGACCGCGCCAUCCGCGGGGGCGUCACGGUGGUGCAGUACCGGGACAAGACCAGCGACACGGGCGCCCUGAUCGCGACGGCGAGGAGGCUGCACGCCGUCACGAAAGCCCAUGGCGUGCCGCUGCUCAUCAACGACCGGGUCGACGUUGCGCUCGCUGUGGGCUGCGAGGGCGUGCACCUGGGCCAGGAUGACAUGGACAUAAGCACGGCCAGGCAGCUGCUGGGGAGCGGCAAGAUCAUCGGCAUCACGGCACACGGUCGCCGAGGCCCUCACGGCACAAACACCAAGAACGUCAUCGGCCCAGAAGGUCUGCGGCACACCCUGGCCGUCCUCGCCGACAAGGGCUACGGCGGUGUGCCGGCCGUGUGCAUCGGCGGCAUCAACGCCUCCAACAUCCCGCAGGUGCUGUUCCGCGGCAGCCCGCCCGAGAACCCCCUGGGCGGCGUCGCUGUAGUGAGCGCCAUCAUGGCCGCCGCGGACCCGGAGGCCGAGUCGCGGCGGCUGCUGGGGCUGGUCCGGGACGCUGGUGAGCGCAACACCCAACCGGGGGCGGGAACAUUAGGGGCGGGGACCAAGGGGGAGCUGCUGAAGCUUGUGCCGGGGGCGAUCAAGGCCGUGCACGAGCAGAAGCCGCUGUCGCACAACAUGACGAACUUGGUGGUCCAGAACUUCGCAGCGAACGUGGCUUUAUCGGUCGGGGCCUCGCCCAUCAUGGCCAACUAUGGCGAGGAAGCAGCAGACCUCGCCAAGCUGGGCGCCGCGCUGGUCAUCAACAUGGGAACGGUGACCCCGGAAGGGCUGCAUAACUACAAGAAGGCGCUCAGGGCAUACAACGCCGCAGGGCGACCGGUCAUCUUCGACCCAGUGGGCGCCGGGGCAACCGCCGUCCGCAGGGCAGCAGUCAAGUCCAUCCUCUCGGCAGGCUACAUCGACGUGAUCAAGGGCAACGAGAGCGAGAUCAAGACCGUGUUCAACACCGGCAGCGGCACCAGCAGCGGAGACACGGAGAGCCAACGCGGCGUCGACAGCAGCAGCACGCUCUCGGACGCCGCGAAGUCCCGCCUCGUCCGGGACCUGGCCGCGCGCGAGCAGGCCGUCGUGGUGAUGACGGGCAAGACGGACAUCGUGUCCGACGGGGCCCGCGUGUUCGCCGUGCGCAACGGGCACGAAUACCUCGGCAUGAUCACGGGCACGGGGUGCACGCUGGGGACGACCGUCUCGGCCAUGGUGGCUGCCUGUCCUUCUGGUGGGGAUAGGCUGGCUGCCGUGAUCGCGGGCAUCCUGCUGUUUGAGAUCGCGGCUGAGCAGGCGGCCACCAAGGGAAGUGUUGAGGGCCCCGGGACGUUUGUGCCGGCGUUCUUGGACUCGCUUUAUCGUCUCCGGACUGGCACUGCUGCGGGGGAUCUUGGGUGGUUGUCUGCUGAGAAGGUUUCCAAGGUGGAGUGA